AUGACAUUAUCGGCAGAGCCCACAGCGGCAGAGCCAAAGCGACGCAACCGGCCGAGCCACCGGAGACACCUGAGACUGGCGGCCAUCAUGGAAAGGCUGGCCACCAUCCCGGACGAGGCAAAACUACUUCAUGACGCCUGGAACUUAGCUUAUGCUGGUGAGCUAAAUUUUGCCACUGCUCUUAAUGUAACAUUAUUUUUGAAGUAUGAACGUAAUCUUAUUGUUUGGAAUCCAGUUUUCACAUUUCUUGACCAAGUUGGUAAACGUCUCGAAAAAUCGUCAAUAAGUAGAAAGUUUGAGUUCUACAUUAUAGAACUUUUAGUUCCAUUAUAUGACUAUUUGGAAACUGCAAAUGUAAACGAUGACAUAAAUAUAACUGAAAUCCGAAAAUUGACUACAGCGUUUUUAUGUAAAGCUGGAUAUUUUCCGUGUUUUAAGGCAGCAAGAAGGGCCUUCAAUUUGUGGGUCAACAGUUCUUAUCCGAACUUUGAAAAUCUGGACCAUAACGAGUUCAUGUGUCCAAUGUUUAAGUGGGGCUCUAUGAAGGAAUGGAUGUUUGGGCUCGAUCGUGUGCGCGAGUUUCCUAAGUCCCGCCUUCAGAGUGAUCGCACAUUUUUAUUAAAAAUGCUAGCUGGAUGUCCAGCGCAACAAGAUAAAAUUAUUUUUCUACUUGAAUUGGCCAUUCUGAAAAAUGUUUCUAUUUUUUCGGAUAACGACAAAAUUUUAAUUAUCAGCAUGGUUAGUUCUCGAUCCAUGGGAUACACAACACUGUUUGAUUUUCUGUCAAAUAAUUGGGAUUCUAUUUAUCAGAAAAAUCAUAAGGAGAUGGCUGCUGUCGACAUGCUCUUACCGUUGGAAAACUCACUUUCAACAGAAUCAUCUAUUGGCCACAUACACAACUUCCUGACCGCUCUACAAAUGAUGAAGAAUUGUGGCCUUAACUCAGCCACCCGAGGUACGUCAUCCUUUCCUAGUGCAGGACCGACUACUCGAGCCAGUGGCCAAUGCAACUGGAAGAAGAUUCUUGUCCUUGACCAGCACCAAAUCAUCUAG